GAUUGGACGUUUUAGUGUUGAAAUAUUUACUAUUAUAAGUUGAAUAAUAAUUGAUUGUUUUAUGUUUCGGAAAAUUCGCAACCUUUGUACUAUAAUUAUUAGUGAAUUAAAUUUUCGAUAACAUUGUAAUUUUAUGGCUCUUUGUAAGUGCCAAUAAUAGACCUUAAACGAGUCGACUAAAUUAAAAUGUCAUUUUCAGUCAAUACGACAAUUAAUUGACAAUUUGAAAUUCUCAGCUAAAAAUUCACCUAAAAUUAAUGUACGCAAAAUCUUUUUAAAUUAACGAAAUUUAUUGAAGUGAAAAAGAAAGAUGUUAAUACCUACUUGUAUUAUAAAGUUUAUGGAAUUAUCGCUAGCAAUAUCAUGUCUCACGUUACAUCAAUACAGUUACGAUCUAACCGAUUUGCCGACGCUGAUGCUCUGUUCCGGAACGUAUGUGGCAUAUAUCAUCGUGCUCUCCGGAGAAAUAGUAGGUGAAAUGAUUUUCGCGCCUUUAGACCUCGUUCAAGAUAUGUAUUUUGGAUUGCUCGGAGCCACAUUAUUUUCUACCAGCGGAGGUCUUGUCCUCUCAGCUAGAGUUCGAGGUGCCACAUACCCGAGGACUGGUGACCACAACGCGGCCCUACUCGCUGGAUCGUUGGCUGUCGUGAACGCAUUUAUAAUGAUUUUCGAUCUAACCUUAGCUUAUAUGGACUCGGAGGAAUUCGAUGAUGAGGCCAGCGUAUGAUCGAGGUGAAGCAGUGUCGGCGGCGGCGGACGCUUACAUCGAUGGAUGGUGGUCGGGCUGUGGGGCUGUACUGUACGGAGCCUGUGGGGCUCUCACUCUUCGCUCGUGGCGCGACGUGCCAAAGUGCCAUCGACGUUCGUACGCACAAGCAUCUGCCGUAUGCGCAAUUGCAGCCGCUGCUCUGCUCACAAUAGAUGCUCUGUUCGCAUUUUGCUCCGCGAGUCGAGACGAUACAAGCACGCGAGCUAAGUCGUGCAAAACAAACAAGUGAUAGUGUGAUUUACAUUGAAUAAUUAGAGAUUUUUAAUAUUGUGAUAUUUGUAACAUUAGUAAAGUGCUAAUUUAGUAUUCCUAAAAA